GCGGCGGCGGCGGCGAAGGCGGCCAAGACACUCUCGGCAUGCGGCUUCGACAGCGCCGAAUUCCCAGAGUGGAAGAACGAGACACAGCGCGCCCUCUCGCGCGACGCUACUGCUGCGCGCCGUCGUUCGCGCAGUCGCCUAAUCCCAGAGCGGGCU